AUGGAAGGGUAUAAGAAGGAAGUUGAGAAUGAAAAAAAUAACAUUGUUGAGUUUUGUGAGAACCCUGUUCUUAUAAAUUUCUAUCAUGCAAUUGAUCAUGUAGACAAGCAACCAGUUCAAUUGUCACAACAACUGGUUGGAAAUCUUCUUCAAAAUUUUAAGGUUCUAAAAGAACAAUUCAUGAUCGCUAAAAGGAAUCUCGAGUUCGUGAGGAUCAAGAUGAAGGAAGCUAAUGAGGAACUUGGUUAUGUUUCGAAGAAACGAACGAGUUUUGAGGUGUUUAAGUCUUGGAUUACUACUAUCACUGUCGUUAGUGGAAUCGAAAUGUCAACUUCCAGCGUCGACAAUUACGAUUAUUAUUACUCCUCUUCCUUCUCCAGCUCCUCUGAUGAGGAUUCCAAAGCUUCUGUAGCCAAAUCGAAAGCUAAGACAACUCAUGAUGAGGGAGCAAAGUCUAGUGUACCCUUGAAUGAUCGCAGGGUCACUUAUACUAAACUUAUGAAGAGGAAUGCUGAAGAUGAUGAAGCCGAGAAUCGUCAGCGCAGAAGGGAUCGAAUCCGGCGCCGAGUACAAGCGGCUGAGGAGAGACGUCAAUUCCUUGAUGGGGUACCCUCUGACUCUGAUGCUGAUGUUUCUGAAGAGGAGACUGCGUGGGUAUUUACAGAGCGAAAGAUCAAGCCUAACCGAUACGAGAGAGAGUUUCGGAGGACCAUGAAGCAAAUUGAAGCCGAAGCUGAAGCAGAAGAAGACUCGGACUCAGAUGAUGAUCCUGAGGCUCGUCCAGACUUCAUCCCUGACGCUGAUUCCGACGAAGAGGAAGAUAGCGAUGACAAAUAUGAUGACUCGGAUGACGAGAAGGAUAGUGAUGACGAAUCUGACAAUUCGGAUGAGUCUGACGAGUAG